AUGGCCCGUCUCACCAGCCUAACUGGCAUUGCUACACUUACCUACAACGCCUCUAAUUUUUUCGACGAGCUCCAACUCGAAAACAUCACCGACCCAUCAAGUGGAUUUGUCGAGUAUGUGGAUGCGGCAACCGCAAAGGCAAAGUCCCUAGCAGGCAUCCGGAACGUGGACGACGAAGGGUAUUCGAUCUGGUUCUUUCCCCACGCCAGCAUCCCGGCAGACAUCACGGCGGGGACCCCGGACCCAUCGACUUGGGGCAAGCCGUUGACUUACUUCGUGGACUCUGGGGGCUGCGACUUCGCCACUUACUUUAAGAGCAACCGCUUUAUAUUUUGUGGCUGGGCUGGAGCCGUGUGGUCAUCAUUCCCUCAGUGCAGUGCAAAGGCCGCUACUUGCAAGGAAUAUGCAAGUCCAUACAGAGGUGGCAAGUUAGACUACUCAGCGGGCAGGUUCUACAGGCCGACAGCGCCGCUGUGGACUAUGUGGUAA